AUGACCAGCGACGUCAGCAAUGAGAAUUUGCCCGGGACAGAUCGCGCGGGGCAAAUUACCCCUUCGCCGCUGCCGCUGCCGCCGCCGCCACCGCAGGAACUCUACUCCAUUGUCAGCCAGGUCGGUGAAGGGACGUUCGGCAAAGUUUACAAGGCUCGGAACGCUGUAACUGGUGUUCAUGUCGCUCUCAAACGCAUUCGGAUGGAAGCGGAGCGCGAUGGCUUCCCUGUGACGGCGAUGCGAGAAAUCAAGCUCUUGCAGUCGCUCAGACACGAGAACAUCGUGCGCCUGUACGAGAUGAUGGUCUCUAAUGGCAACGUGUAUAUGGUUUUCGAGUAUAUGGACCACGAUCUUACGGGUAUCCUGUCGCAAACACAGUUCUCAUUCACGGAUGCCAACUUGAAAUCGCUGUGCCAGCAAAUGCUUGCUGGUCUCGCCUAUCUCCAUCACAAAGGUGUUAUACACCGCGACAUUAAGGGCUCGAACAUACUCGUGAACAAUCGUGGAGAAUUGAAGCUUGCUGACUUCGGUCUCGCACGUUUCUAUCAGAAGCGGCGAAGAAGCGAUUACACCAACCGAGUUAUCACGCUCUGGUACCGGCCGCCAGAACUGCUCUAUGGCGCGACUGUAUAUGGACCUGAAGUUGACAUGUGGAGCGCAGGAUGUAUCAUGCUCGAGCUGUUUACAAAGAAGCCAGUCUUCCAGGGCAACGAUGAGAUCCACCAGUUGGACGUCAUCUUCAAGAUAUUGGGCACACCGACCACUGAACGAUGGCCAGGCGUGACCGAGCUGCCGUGGUUUGAAUUGGUGAAGCCGAAGGAAGUUAUCCCAAAUCACUUUCGGGGUUUGUUCCAAAAGUGGAUGUCACCAGCCGCCCUCGAUCUAGCGGAGCAACUGCUUGAUUAUGAGCCCUCGCGACGCAUCAGUGCGGUGCAAGCUCUCGAUGCGCCUUACUUCACACAAGAAGAUCCGCCCGCUGUGUUACCCACCGACCUCUCAAGCCUUGAAGGAGAGUGGCACGAGCUUGAGACCAAGCGCGAGCGAGCGAAGAAGAAGCGAAAGACCGAGGGUCCCGGUCAGGCGUGA